AUGGUCUUUCUCCUUCUUUUUCUUUCUUUUCCUUCAGACACCUCUAACACUUUUUCUCAUUCUUUUUCUUUCUUUUCCUUCAGACACUGUCUAACACGUUCUGGUCUUUCUCUUUCUUUUUCUUUCUUUUACUUCAGACACCCUCUAACUUCUUCUAGUCUUUCUCUUUCUUUUUCUUUCUUUUCCUUCAGACACCCUCUAACGCGUUCUAGUCUUUCUCUUUCUUUUUCUUUCUCUAACGCUCUUUCUCUUUCUUUUUCUUUCUUUUCCUUCAGACACCAUAUAACACGUUCUAGUCUUUCUCUUCCUUUUUCUUCUUUUCCUUCAGACACCUCUAACGCGUUCUAUCUUUCUCUUUCUUUUACUUUCUUUUCCUUCAGACACCGUCUAACACGUUCUCGUCUUUCUCUUUCUUUUUCUUUUUUCCUUCAGACACCUCUAACGCCUUUUAGUCUUUCUCUUUCUUUUUCUUUCUUUUCCUUCAGACACCCUCUAACACGUUCUAGUCUUUCUCUUUUUUUUCUUUCUUUUUCUUUCAGACACCCUCUAACGGGUUCUAAUGUUUUCUCUCUUUUUUCUUCUCUCCUUUCCUUCAGACAAGCUCUAACACGUUUUAGUCUUUCUCUCUCGUUUUCUUUUUUCUUUUCCUCCAGACACCCUUUAACCUGUUCUAGUCUUUUUCUCUCAUUCUUCUUUUUCUUUAGACACCUUUUAACACGUCCUAGUGUUUCUCUCUCUUUUUUCUUCUUAUUUUCCUUCAGACACCUUAUAACAUGUUCUCGUCUUUUUCUUUUUCUUUCUUCUUUUCCUUCAAACACCCUCUAA